CUCCUGAAGCUGCUGCACCAUUCUGUACGAGACGUCCGAUGCAAAGUCUUUUUUUACUGGUUUUCUACGUUCAUAGUCGGGGGAUGAACUCCUGAGGAGCGAAUGACGAAACACAUUUUGCUUUUAUUCACAUUCAGAGGAUUAGUAAGCAAAGGUAAAAAGGGUAAAAAAAGAAAAUGGCCAAUUUUAUAUUACGGAAAGCCAAACCCAACGAUGUGCCGGAUAUCCUGCGACUCAUAAAGGAACUUGCUAAAUUUGAAGAGAUGGAGGAGAAGGUGCUGUUGACAGAAAAAGAUUUACUUGAAGACGGCUUUGGGGAUCAUCCGUUCUACCACUGCCUGGUUGCUGAAGUCCCCAAAGAGCAGAGCUCAGAGGGUAACACUGUGAUUGCCUUCGCCAUGUACUACUUCACUUAUGACCCUUGGAUUGGAAAGCUGCUCUAUCUUGAAGACUUCUUUGUCAUGCAGGAGUUUCGAGGUCUCGGCAUUGGUUCCCAAAUCCUGAAGGUCUUGAGUGAGACUGCAGUGAAGACUCGCUGUAGCGGCAUGCACUUCAUCGUGGCAGAGAACAACACAAAGUCCAUUGAGUUUUACAAGCGGCGAGGAGCAGCAGAUCUUUCCUCCGAGGAGGGCUGGCGUCUCUAUGAGAUUGAAAAAGAGGAUUUACUGAAAAUGACCUCCAAAUAGAGUUUCCUGCUUGUUGUACUGUCAGUGAUCGUUACAUGAUAGUUCUGUUUUGCCACUGAUUGGAUAUGGUAAUCAACCCUAAUAAUGAAUGGUUUCUUCUUUUAGUUCAUUUGAUGUUUAGAAAGACUUUGGCUAAUCAAGAUAAACACAAAUUAAAGGAAUUACAAUAUAGCUCUACUGCUGUUUUGUCUUUCAUCUGAAUCAUUUUUACCUCAUGUGGUUAAACAUCUUCAAAAAAAAUGAAAAAAGUCUAAUAAGAAAAAUAAACCUGAUUUGAUGUAUUGGA